UAUGUUUCCUGUGAUUUAAUGGGGUACUAACUUGUUGACUUUGACAGAACGCCGUGAACGCUCCGAGUCAAGACACCCCUCGGUCACUGACGACCAGUCGGGAGCUCCAAAGCUGCUAGGGUCUAUCGUGGCUCAAUCGAGUACCUCCGAAUCUGCUUGUCAGGUAGAUGUUGGUUUUCCGCACAAGAACACGGUGCAAGCAACUUCUCUGACGCGGCCUGCGCCAGGCCCUUCCUCGUCCACGAUGACACAGCAGGCAAAACGUACUUCCCUCACUCUCUCGCAACUACCUAUGUUGAGGGCCGGGAAAAACUUCAAUGCUAUCGAUGUUGAUGCUUCCAAAGCUAUCAAGCCCGAGGUAAUUGACAUCACAGUUGAUGCAAUUGAGAGUCCCGUGUCAGCUGAAGGUAGGAAUGAAGAAGUUGUAGGUGCUGAAGUAGAAGACGUAGAUUCUGAGCUUGCGGACAAUGUCAAUUCGCACAUGGACCGUAGACACUGUCACGUCACUUCACGCAGCUCCUCAUACUGUCCUGAGCAUCGCGCAGCUAGUGCGGAGGCCAACGAUCAGCUUGAAGUUGGGGCUAUUGGAGAAGUGCUCAACAAUCUUCUUCGCUCCUCUGGGCUCCCCAUAACCCACCUUGAUCGGUACUUUGAUGAGCAUAAAUCUAGACCUAUAAUCCUCUUCGACAAAGGCUUCGCUAACGGCCUUGGUCGGGAUGAAGUGGAUUCGCACCACAAAGUUUUCGAAAUCCUAGCUGCUAGGCACUGGCGCACUGUCUGCGACAAUUACGCCGACUUUGUUGCCGCUGUGAGAAACAUGGAUGCACUUGAUCGACGGCAAGCAACAUUGCGAACGGCAGAACAGGCCACUCCCAUUGGUUAAUUCUAUGCAAGAUAUGACAAGGGCAAUUCAGAGGCAAAGGGCGAGCAAGUGGCUGGUCUGUAGAUGGAUUUAUAUCAUGUAAGUUAGAUGGUAGCG